CUGCUGGAGGUGUAAUGGAUGUUAACACCGCCCUGCAAGAAGUGCUGAAAACCGCACUUAUCCAUGAUGGCCUAGCUCGUGGUAUUCGUGAAGCAGCCAAAGCCUUGGACAAACGCCAAGCCCAUCUUUGUGUCCUGGCUUCAAAUUGCGAUGAACCCACCUACGUAAAGUUAGUCGAAGCGCUUUGUGCAGAACAUCAGAUCAACUUAAUAAAGGUCGAUGACAACAAGAAGCUGGGUGAAUGGGUGGGUCUCUGCAAGAUCGACAGAGAAGGAAAACCUCGCAAAGUGGUGGGCUGCAGUUGUGUGGUUGUCAAAGACUAUGGCAAGGAGUCUCAGGCCAAAGAUGUCAUCGAAGAGUACUUCAAGUGCAAGAAAUGAACGGAAAAUAAAUUUUGAACCUGACUUGUGU